AUGCAGAGAAUAAUCGUCGGCAGCGGGGCACCUCGCUGGACCCUCUACCUUCGGGUGGUCCUCCUCGCCACACCGAUCACCCUCGGAAUCUGCUGGGGAAUCCCCUACGGCAUACGGUACCUGGUAGGCUGCCAGCAGCCCUGGUGCGACGACUGGGCUCAGGAUCUGGCCCUGUCCAUCAACCCGCAGCAGAAGCCCUGCGACGACUUCUACGAGUUCGUCUGCGGCAACUGGAACCAAUCAAAUGUAUUGCCGAACUCGUUCCUGGCGCUGCAGAUACGCGUGUUUCUGUCCUUCUUCAAGCGUCUCAUCCUGAUGGACGUCAAGAGACCAGCGCCACGCAGUGUCAGCUCGCACGUCAAAGCUGCCCAGUUGCUUCAGACUUGCAUCCAAGACGCCGUCCGCGGCGUUGAUAAUAUAGAUUACGUGAGGCAGUUCAUGUCCCAGUACAACCUGUCCUGGCCUCCCGACAAACGCCAUGGUUCUCCCUCAAUGGUCGAUGUCCUGGUCGAGCUGUCCCUCGUCAGGGGCAUCCACCUACUCUUCCAACUGUCGCCCGACGUGUAUUUCAAGAAGCCCGGGUACUACAUCCUGCACUUCGUCUUCAGCUACCAGUUCAUUAUGGAGUGGAUGGUCCUGCGUAAAAUCAUCAUCAGCGAGGGACGCACCCGCCAGUUCUUCGAGGUUAUGGGGGAACUUAUCUCAGGAAAGACGCCUGAUCUGCAGCUCAUCGAGCGCGUCGUGUUUCUCGACAACACGCUGCUGACAGCCGCACUGCCACCAGCGGGCGACCGUCCCAACACCACGUCCACGUACGUGCGCUUCUCCGCUCUCGAUAACCUGACCGGCUCGACGUCACUGGGCGAAAACAUGCUGCGUGCCGUGAACCGCCUGCUGCCUCCCGACCGCCAGAUGACGGACGACGACGAGAUCUGGGUCACCCACGGUGGCUACCUGGGUUACCUGGGCAGGCUUCUGGGCGAUGAUGCCCGCUCCGAGACGCUGAGAGGAUAUGUGGGCCUGCAGCUGGCCAGGUAUCUGUCCGCGUCAGCGUCCUCCCGAAUCCUGAAGGAACAGAUGCCCCAGAGGAGCGGUCCCAUGAUCCUCAUGCUGAGUCACUGCGUCAUGGACGCCAUCCUGACGAUACCGUACGUGAUGGGAGACCUGUUCGUCCGCUGGAACCUCGAAGAACGCGACCUUGUCGAAAUCCGCGACAUGGUAACGCGCGUCCGCAACGCGACGCGCGACGGCUUUGUGAACCUGUCCUGGAUCGACGAGGCUACGAGGUCUAGGGCCCUUGAGCGCAUCGACCACCUGGGCAGUCUGGUUGGGCGACCGAUCAAUCUGUCACGUACGGAGCAGCUGGAGGAUCACUACUCGUUCCUGCCAGUACUCGAGGGCAGUUACGCCCACAUGCUGGCCGCCAUCAGAGACUCAGAGUCGAAGCGCCUGAGGGGCCUGCUCAAGUCCUCAGAAAGCUACUUUCCGGCGAUCAACGUAGAACUGCCCACCGUCCUCGUGAACGCGUUCUACGUGCCCGUUUACCACGUGAUGGUUAUCCCUCCGGCCAUCUUGUUUGCUCCCUUCUACGCUCACUCCGUGCCAGCAUCGUUCAACUAUGGCAGUCUCGGUCACGUGGUAGGCCACGAGAUUACGCACGCGUUCGACCCGGAGCUGAGCCUUUACAACGCAUCUGGGAUCCGAGAGGACUGGUGGACGUCACAGUCCCGCAGGAGCUUCGACGUCCGCGUGCAGUGUCUCAAGACAUUCUACAACAAGGUGCCAUGGGCGGGGGGAGUGCCUUACGGAGACACGGCAUUCUCAGAAAACUUCGCAGACUGCGGUGGACUGGAAAAGGUAUAUCGAGCCUUUAACUCGCUCGGGUACCAAGCGGACCACAAGAUCGGCGACAGGAAGUACUCGGCCAGACAGGCGUUCUUCAUCAACAGCUGCUACAAGUGGUGUUCAAGAGAAAUGCCCGGGUCCAAGACGGAGAAUAGCGGCGAUACCGUAAAGUUCUACUCGCCCAUGCAUAUGCGAUGUAACGUGCCGCUGAUGAACACGCCGGAGUUUGCGGCGGAGUUCAAGUGCGCCGAAGGAACUACCAUGAACCCAAAUCAGCGUUGCGAGGUGUUUUAAAUGUGGAGAGUUUU